GUGCCCACCCAGGCGCUACCGCCGCGCAACUCGUCGCCAGCCCCAGCGCAGCCGCCGCCUUUUCAGCAGCAGCUGCCGCGGCCCCGCAUACAGCUGACGCGCCCGCGCCCGGGGGCGGCGGCAAGCGGCCGCGGGCGGACGAGGAGGGCGGCGGCGGCGCGGACGGCUUUGACGGCGGCGGCGGCGGCGGCGGCAGUGGCGGGCAGCGGCUUUCGGAGAAACGC